CCCGACAUUCUUUUGUGUGUGUGUGUGUGUGUGUGUGUGAGAGAGAGAGAGAGAGAGAGAGAGAGAGAGAGCCUUCGAGCUUGAAGUCACUCUUGGUCGUCGUGGCAUUGUUGGCAUUUCAGGGAAUAAUAUCGACCUCGACGACGAUUGGCCGUUGGAUUUCCUACAUCAGCGCAUAGCUGCGUUCCACGUGGCGUUUCUUAAUUAUCCAUUAGCCUGUCAUUAUCUUGGGUUGAUGGGAAGGAGGUAACGAUGAAAGUGCUGAAGGGCUUGUUUGGUCCAAGUGGAGAUGGAGGCAAAGUUGGUGUGCGAACGCCUGUCAAAACGGGGAUCGAGGUGAUCUCAGAAGAUGGGUUUCGACUCCUCCAAGGUGGGAAAGUUGGAAUCAUUGCCAAUGCGACUAGCGUGUUUCCGGACAUGAGGCAUUUGGUCGAUGUCUUGUUCCACGAGACAACAGUAGAUCUGUGUGCUAUUUUUGGCCCUGAGCACGGGUUCCGAGGUUGCAGCCAGGCCGGAUCGUCGCCGGGUGCGUACACAGAUCCGGCAACAAAGCUUCCGGUUUUCGAUAUCCAUGCUAAGAAAGCCAAGGACUUGCUGAACAUUUUUCUCAACGCUGGGGUGGACAUCAUCCUUUUUGACAUUCAAGACGUGGGCGCUCGAUUCUAUACAUACGUGUGGACGCUGUACGAUUCUAUGGUGGCGAUUGCAAGCUGCACAAGUCGGCACCUUCGCCUGGUUGUUGCCGAUCGACCGAAUCCUCUUGGUGGAUCCAUCACUGCGGGGCCGGUGUUGCGGCCAGAACUCGGUUCGUUUGUCGGAAGAAAGGCGAUUGCUUUGCAACAUGGCAUGACCGUCGGCGAACUCGCGAUUCUCUUCAACUCCGAGUUUGUUCCCGUUGACGGUGAAUCUGGGGGGAAACGGGUAGAUUUGGAAGUUGUGAGAAUGGUGGGCUGGAAAAGGUGUCACCUUUAUGGCGAUACGGGCUUAAUUUGGGUGCCACCAUCGCCGAACAUGCCGUCGCCGACGACCGCGUUGCUCUAUCCUGGAAUGGGUCUCAUUGAGGGGACCAACUGCUCUGAAGGGAGAGGAACCACGCUUCCGUUCGAGAUGAUCGGUUCGCCGUGGAUUGACCGGCAGUUAGUAAUUGCGAUGCAACAGGAAUUCGCCGACAACGAUGGAGUCCUUUUCAGGGAAGCUGUCUUUACGCCAACUUUCAGCAAGCACGCCGGCAAGAUGGUGUCCGGCAUGCAGGUUCAUGUCGCCAACCCUACAACAAUCGACCCCAUCCGCAUUGGAAUCACUCUCCUUGUAAUCCUGCGAAAGUUAUACCCAGAUCGAUUCGCAUGGAGGAAAGAUGGGGGAAAGUUCUGGAUCGAUUACCUGACGGGCUCGGAGAACAUUCGCAAGGCCAUAGAUGAUGGGAGAAGCGUCGAUGAAAUCCUUGCAUCUUGGCAAGAGGACCUACUCCUUUUCUGUAUGCAAAGGCAUAACUUCCUCCUCUACAAAUAAUCAUGGGGGUAACUGCAGAAAUAGAGUGUUUUCCAAGUUUCCCGGCGGAAAUGUUAUCGGGGUCUGAAAUAUGUAUUUUUGCAUCGAUGGUGGGACCCUGCCCGCAAAUAUUUUUGCUGUGAAACUACCGGGAUCUGUAAAGCUGCAACGAAAGAUGUAUUUUCGCAACGAAACUUGGACCCUGCCACUAUUUUUGCUGUGAAACUACUGCGAACACAGUACAGCCCUAGGGGUGGGGGCUGAAUAUCACAACCGGUAUGGAUCCAGUUUUAUAACACCUCCAAGGGUUGUAGUGGUUACAAGACUUCGUUCUUGUGGCUGAGGGUGCUGGUUUGAGGCUGUGCGUGCAUGGCAGGGCCGGAUGCCCUAAAACGC